CUGUCUUCCAACAUAAACUUCUGCAAAUCCAUUGCUAGAUUUUGCUGAUGCUAAAGCGACCAGAUUUCAGAAGUUUGCCAAAGUCUGCUCUCUGCACAGCUACUGUACACAGAGGACCACACUGCACUGCUACUACAAGCUAUUGAAAGAGAACCUUGAAGGGAUCCCAGCCAGAAAGGGGAAAGCAAGAGCCUUCCAAGGAAGAAUUUGAGCUGUUCUAUUAUUUUCUGGUCCAGCUAUAAGCACAUCUUCUUCCAGAAAAACAGAGUUGGAUGUUAAGAGAGAAACAAACGUUUUACCUUCCUUUGUCUAUAGAACAUGGAAAACAUGCCCCCUCAGUCAUGGAUUCUGAUGUGCUUUUGUCUGCUGUCCUCUGGAACCAGUGCGAUCUUCCAUAAAGAGAACCAUUCCAGAAGCUAUCCUUGUGACGAGAUAAGGCACAAUGCCCUUGUGAUUGCAGAAUGCAACUAUCGUCAACUACAUGAAGUUCCCCAGACUAUAGGCAAGUAUGUGACAAACAUAGACUUGUCACACAAUGCCAUUACACAUAUAACAAAAGAGUCCUUUCAAAAGCUGCAAAACCUCACUAAAAUAGAUCUGAACCACAAUGCCAAACAACAGCACCCAAAUGAAAAUAAAAAUGGUAUGAAUAUUACAGAAGGGGCAUUUCUCAGCCUAAGAAAUCUAACAGUUUUACUGCUGGAAGACAACCAGUUAUAUACUAUGCCUGCUGGGUUGCCUGAGUCUUUGAAAGAACUUAGCCUAAUUCAAAACAACAUAUUUCAGGUAACUAAAAACAACACUUUUGGGCUUAGGAACUUGGAAAGACUCUAUUUGGGCUGGAACUGCUAUUUUAAAUGUAAUCAAAUCUUUAAGGUAGAAGAUGGGGCAUUUAAAAAUCUUAUACACUUGAAGGUACUCUCAUUAUCUUUCAAUAACCUUUUCUAUGUGCCUCCCAAACUACCAAGUUCUCUAAGGAAACUUUUUCUGAGUAAUGCCAAGAUCAAGAACAUCACUCAGGAAGACUUCAAAGGACUGGAAAAUUUAACAUUACUAGAUCUGAGUGGAAACUGCCCAAGGUGUUACAAUGCUCCAUUUCCUUGCACACCUUGCAAGGACAACGCAUCCAUCCACAUACACGAUCUAGCUUUUCAAAGUCUCACCCAACUUCUCUAUCUAAACCUUUCCAGCACUUCCCUCAGGAAGAUUCCUUCUAUCUGGUUUGACAAGCUGUCAAACCUGAAGGAACUCCAUCUUGAAUUCAACUAUUUAGUUCAAGAAAUUGCCUCGGGGGCAUUUUUAACAAAACUACCCAGUUUAGAAAUCCUUGAUUUGUCCUUCAACUUUCAACAUAAGGAAUAUUUACAAUUUAUUAAUAUUUCCUCAAACUUCUCUAAGCUUCGUUCUCUCAAGAAGUUGCACUUAACAGGCUAUGUGUUCCGAGAACUUAAAAAGGAGCAUUUCAGAUAUCUCCAGAAUCUUACAAACUUAACAACCAUCAACUUGGGCAUUAACUUUAUUGAGAAAAUUGAUUUCAAAGCUUUCCAGAAUUUUUCCAAGCUCCAUGUUAUCUAUUUAUCAGGAAAUCGCAUAGCAUCCGUAUUAGAUGGUACAGAUCAUUCCUCUUGGCGAAAUCAUCUUCGGAAACCUCUCUCAACAGACUAUGACGAGUUUGAUCCACACGUGAAUUUUUACCAUAGCACCAAACCUUUAAUAAAGCCACAGUGUACUGCUUAUGGCAAGGCCUUGGAUUUAAGUUUGAACAAUAUUUUCAUUAUUGGGAAAAGCCAAUUUGAAGGUUUUCAGGACAUUGCCUGCUUAAAUCUGUCUUUCAAUGCCAAUAGUCAAGUGUUCAAUGGCACAGAAUUCUCAUCCAUGCCCCACAUUAAAUAUUUGGAUUUAACCAACAACAGACUAGACUUUGAUGAUAACAAGGCUUUCAGUGAUCUUCACGAUCUAGAAGUGCUGGACCUGAGCCACAACGCACACUAUUUCAGUAUAGCAGGGGUAACCCACCGUCUAGGAUUUAUCCAGAACAUAAUAAACCUCAGGGUGUUAAACCUGAGCCACAAUGGCAUUUACACCCUCACAAACGAAAGCGAGCUGAAAAGCAGCUCACUGAAAGAAUUGGUUUUCAGUGGAAAUCGUCUUGACCGUUUGUGGAAUGCAAAUGAUCGCAAAUACUGGUCCAUUUUUAAAAGUCUCCAGAAUUUGAUACGCCUGGACUUAUCAUACAAUAACCUUCAACAAAUCCCAAAUGGAGCCUUCCUCAAUUUGCCCCAGAGCCUCCAAGAGUUACUUAUCAAUGGUAACAUAUUACGUUUCUUUAAUUGGACAUUACUCCAGUAUUUUCCUCACCUUCACUUGCUGGAUUUAUCGAGAAAUGAGCUGUAUUUUCUACCUAAUUCCCUAUCUAAGUUUGCACAUUCCCUGAAGAUACUGCUACUGAGCCACAAUCAUUUCUCUCACCUACCCUCUGGCUUCCUCUCCGAAGCCGGGAAUCUGAAGCACCUGGAUCUAAGUUUCAACAGAAUAAAGAUGAUCAAUAAAUCCUCCCUGCAAACCAAGACGAAAACGAACUUGUCUACUCUGGAGCUACAAGGGAACUAUUUUGACUGCACGUGUGACAUAAGUGAUUUUCGAAGCUGGCUAGAUGAAAAUCUGAAUAUCAGAAUUCCUAGAUUGGUAAAUGUUAUAUGUUCCAAUCCUGGGGAUCAAAAAUCAAAGAGUAUCAUGAGCCUAGAUCUCACGACUUGUGUAUCGGAUACCACUGCAGCUGUCCUGUUUUUCCUCACAUUCCUUACCACCUCCAUGGUUAUAUUGGCUGCUCUGGUUCACCACCUCUUUUACUGGGAUGUUUGGUUUAUCUAUCACAUGUGCUCUGCUAAGUUAAAAGGCUACAGGACCUCAUCCACAUCCCGAACUUUCUAUGAUGCUUAUAUUUCUUAUGACACCAAAGAUGCAUCUGUUACUGACUGGGUAAUCAACGAACUGCGCUACCACCUUGAAGAGAGUGAAGACAAAAGUGUCCUCCUUUGUUUAGAGGAGAGGGAUUGGGAUCCAGGAUUACCCAUCAUUGAUAACCUCAUGCAGAGCAUAAACCAGAGCAAGAAAACAAUCUUUGUUUUAACCAAGAAAUAUGCCAAGAGCUGGAACUUUAAAACAGCUUUCUACUUGGCCUUGCAGAGGCUAAUGGAUGAGAACAUGGAUGUGAUUAUUUUCAUCCUCCUGGAACCAGUGUUACAGUCCUCACAGUACCUGAGGCUUCGGCAGAGGAUCUGUAAGAGCUCCAUCCUCCAGUGGCCCAACAAUCCCAAAGCAGAAAACUUGUUUUGGCAAAGUCUGAAAAAUGUGGUCUUGACUGAAAAUGAUUCACGGUAUGACGAUUUGUACAUUGAUUCCAUUAGGCAAUACUAGCGAUGGGAAGUCACGACUCUGCCAUCAUAAAAACACACAGCUUCUCCUUACAAUGAACUGUGGCAAAUGAAAGGGCUUGACGUGCUGAGAAUAAGUGAUAAUUGGGUGCACAGCCCUAAACAGGACAAUUAUACCAGCCUCUCUAAGGCUCAGGUAACUUUGUGCAAGAGGGAGCCUGAAAAAUGAAUGGCCUAGGAAACAGGAAGAAGGGCUGGAAAAUGCUGUCUUCUGGGCAUAACAGCCAUUGCAACCGUAAUCACACAGCAGCUAUGGUUGCCUGCAGUGAGCCUGCACAAGACUGGGCCUCUUAUCAGUCAAUUACAGAUGGGGGCAGGUGCAUAAAACUAUACUUCAUCUUUCUAGGGGGCAGGUCCCCUGUACUCCAUCCUUCUGCACUAUCAACUAUUAGUGGGUCCAGGAAAGAGACAAUCGUUAUCUUCAGCUUUGAACCCAUUGAUGAGCCUAGAUUCAAUAGAUGGUUCAAAACUCAUGGUCACGCAGAAAGAGUUGGUAAAGUCAGUGCCCAGAAGACAAAACAAAAAGACCUGAACAUGAGAAAUGGUUUUGUAAGGAGGUGGGUAGGUUGUCCACAGUGAGAGAGGAGAUAGGAAAAGGUGGGCAUGAGAGUCACCAGAAUGCAUGGAUCUCUCUCAGAGAUUUCACUCUGGGAUCCACUCUCAAGCUCACCCCCAUGCAGUUGUCCUCAAGAGUCAGCUUCUCCUGGGUGUUAGCCAACAGAGAAAAGCUCAGCUCCGUGCUAUGUGAACUUUCCCCAAGGCAGCUUGUUUCAUCAAGGCCAGCGAGAGGGACACAGUUAGUCUUUUGGUAGUGAAUCAGAAAGUGACAGCCUACUACUGCAGUUGUAUUCUAUUUGGUAAAAGUCAACCACAGAUCCUACCAGCUCCAGGCACCAAGUAUCUCAGGUUCAGGGAAAGCUAUUGAAAGCCAGGGUAAUAGAUCUAGGGGCCUCUCAGCUAAGAGGAAAGAGUUCGAGAUAAGUGAUCUGAUCGUCUGAGUUAAUCAUUAUCCAUUUCUUUGGACUGAAAUUAAGAGACAGCUUGCCAUCUUGGUCACAGAUCAUCAAUACUGGGAAAGUCAAAUCACAUGGGCAGUCUUAUGAGGCAGCUUAUUAUGCCUACUUUUCAAUCCCUAAGAACAUUUGCCACUGUAUCUAAUGAUCUUGAUAUUAAGAUGCUGGUGAAGUUGAUAUAUCUAUGACUGUGGGGUUAUAUUACAUUGUGAUUGCAUUAAUUUUUCCUUUACAAUGACAUUUUAAAAUCUUAAGUUUUGAGACUAUAAUAUAACUACAUCAUUCCAUCUUUUUUUCUCUCUCCAAACCUUCUCACAUGCCCCACUAUGACUUUUAUAAAUGCUGCCUGCAAUAUUUGCUUUUUAAGCUUUUGAUGUUGCUUAAAUAAACACUGAAAAGGAUAUUUUUAAAAAGCCUUUUAAUCUUAAAUCAUUUUAAAGAUAUUCGCUUAAAUGAAAAGCUUUGGGGGGUAUUUGUUAUUUCCCAUUGGUGUAUAUUUUCAAAUGAAUGAUUAAAAUGUCUUCAUUUUACAUGACAAAUGUGUGAUAAAUCUGUAGUAGAAAACAGAACUCUGAUAUAAAAGUUGUCAUUUGCACUGA